CCUUGGGAUAUGAGCCGAGUCUUCAAUUGUGCAGCCGCGUGACAAUCGACGACCGCUGGAGCAGAACAUUGCACCGUCGAUUUGGGGCGCAGUCCACCUCCCAGUCCCUUCGCAAGCUGUCCGCCGGCCACGAUCAGCACCAGCCGAGGUUCCUCAGUAGCUACUUCGCUCCUAGGGCCGCCACUCGCGUCGCCGAGGUUAAUGCUUCGUGA